AUGGACAUCCGGUGUCAGUCGGUGCUCUGUGGGUGAGGCUGGAAAGAGAGGGGGCUCAUGGGUAGGUUUCUGUAAGAGCUGGGAGAGGUGACAUUUAACCAGAGAGAGAGAUAGAGAGGCAGAGAGAUAGGGGGAGGGGUUGCUGAACAUAACAGUAUGCCGGAAGAGGGAGGACAUUAGAAGGUGACCCAACUGUGGUUUGUGACUAUUAUGAUUUCCCAUUGUAUCCAAUUCAGUUGCAGUAAUUCCCUUAAUAAUUUUUUUGUUACGAGUUUUAAUUAAUAUAUAAUUCAUAAACAAAAUUGAUAGCAGUAAAAUUACUAUAACUCAUUGCCAGGUCUACCAUUACUUGAUACUUUAAUUGAGGGAGAGAAAUUAGAAAAUAUCUUAAAGAUAUGUGGGCUUUAUUAACGGAAUUACAAGGUACAAGGCAAUAUUUCUUAAACUUACAGAAGGUAAACAAUUUCUCAAAAAUAAAAUAUGUGCUGAUAUUAGUUGGCAGGGGUCUUUAUGUCAACAUUAUUGUGUUUUGAUGUAUUUCUGAAGCCUUUAAUUAUGCCUCAUUUUUAAGAUGAUUGAAAAAUGUAUUUCUGACUAUAUAGACUUAGCUUUCAUUUGACACCCAAUUUGAUAUGCUUCUAUGAACUUCACAUGUUGGUGCUCAUGGGUCCUUUUCGAUGGAAAUGCUCCUACCUGUCCUGUUGUGACUGGCAAUUCUGUGAAUGAGGAGUUGGUAUGUUCUCCCUUCUUGAAACAGAUUAGCCUAGGCUACCACGAAGGGAAGGAUUAGUGUCCACCCUGCAGCUCAGGAAACACAAGCACUCCCUGUUCUCUCUCUCUCUGCUGUACAGGGCCCUACUCCCAGUCAGCAUGUUAUGCCUAGCUAGUAGUUAUAGGCAAUGUUGGCAGUUUAUCUUCAGAGGAAUCUGGAAGACAACAAACACUGUUUUAUUCCAUGUUCUAUGUUUUAUGUUGCCCUUAAGACUACCUUUACCUUAACUGGCACCAUUAUUUGCACCAGACCGCUGUUUGUUCCAUAAUCAACAUUCUGUGGCUCUCAAGGUUAUUUGUCAUAAUGCAAACCGUUUGUUACUGUGUUUACCAGUGUGUUUGUGGCAUAUUUAACUGUCUUUGCAAAUGUCAGUAUGUGAUGCUAGGCUGUAUGUGGGCACUGGGUCUGCAUUAUUUUACCACCAGUCUUCACCCUCUCAGCCGUUGGUCUGAAAUGAGGAAAUGCAGCUUGUUGUGUGAGGUUGUUAAAACACUUCUGUCAUACAGAAAAAAACAGCUGAGUUCAGUUCAGCUCUGCCUCCAUCCCUCCUCCCUCUCUCUGUUCUGCUUCUUUCCUUUUUUCUCUCCCCUCCCCCAUGCUCCUUCCAUCCCUCUUUGUUUGCUCCCUCUCUUCCCUCAAUGGGUACCACCCAACAACCUGCUCCUGCUUGUGAUUGGUGGAAGUGGGCGGGUCUGUUUUUGUGCUUGUGAGUUUUACCAGUCAGAGCGAGCGCAGGCUGUCAGUGUCAGAAGGGUUUCAGUGGGCAGCAGGCGAGACUUUCAGUCAGGCUGUGUCGCACUCAGACCACACUCUGCAGAGCAGCAGCUGCAGCGCACACCUUCAUUUAUCAACCUCGGGACACAAAGGACUUUCUGUUCAUACACCCCUCUGCCUACUUUCUAAGGCCAGGAGGAAAAAAGGGAUUUAAGAUUGACAAACGCUGAGCCGAUAUUUCUCUCUAUCUCUCUCUCUCUUCCUCCUUCCAUUCCCUCUUUGUUUUCGUCUUGCAGAAUCCCUCCUGCACAGAGGAGAGAUCAUCAAACCACAGAAAAGGAGGGAUCAAAAUAAACGACAUCAACAGAGAUACCCUGCGGUCUGCGUGUGUGGUCGUCCAACUGUCCUGUUGCGGCCCUGCAGCGCUGUGUCCCUGAGGAGGGAGGCUAAUGCGUGUGGCGUCGCUGUGCUCAGGAUCAGGGUCAGUGGAGGAUGAGUCCGGCCGUGGAGGCUCAGACCAUGCAGGCCAAGCAACAGCAAACACAGCAGCAGCUACAACACUAUCUGGAGAAAGGGGUCCCGCUUGAGCCCUUCAUGCACCAGGUGGGGGGCCACUGCUGCGUGCUGCGUUUCGGAGAGCAGACCAUCUGCAAGCCCCUCAUCCCCCAAGAGCACCAGUUCUACAAGAGCCUACCCAGCGCCAUGAGGAAGUUCACCCCCCAGUACCGAGGUAAGACUGUACCCCCUAACCUCUGUUGCUGUGUUGUCUCUGUCUCUUUUGACCAUAUCCCAUUCCCCCUCUUUCUGUAUCUCUUGAUUGGUAUGGAAUGCGGUUGGAAAAGAGGGUAGGUUUUUAUUGCAGGUGCAUGCAUUUUCUUCUAUGCACUUUUCCUUGUUCACGGUCCAUGUUAGCGCAUGGUUUUAGGGUGUAGGUUGUUUUUAGGGAGUCGAAGUGUGUCCCUCCACAGAUGGAUCAGGUGGGUUCUGUCAAUUCUCUAAGGCCCAGGUUAGGACUUUGCAGGCCAGCCAGGAUGCUGUGUGGUAGCCGGUGCUCUUGGACCUGGCCACAGGGGGACACUGUAGCAGUGGAGCACCACCAGGGUGUGCUGUCCUGUGUGUAGAAGCAGAGGAGGUAAGUCACACAGACAGACCGGUAGGAGCUGUGUUUCUCUGCCCAGAGAGCAGGUAGAAUGCAGUAUAGUAUGCAUGAAGACAGGUUUAGCGAGUACGCGCGCACACACACACACACACACACACACACAGAAAUGCUUUCUAACGUGUUCAGAAAUAAUUCAGCGAGGAGAGGGUUAAAUCAUCAUACAAUGACACCAGUAUCUAAGGCUUGAGGUUCAGAAGGCAGUGUGGACCUGCAGGGUCCUAACAUCCACCAUAUCUUGUUAACUCUCACUGUUCACCACCAGUGCUGCGUCUCCCCUCUGCUGUUUAGCCGUUUAACAGUAGGUUAUCUAACACGACGGGUCACUGCAGCUGUUUGUCUUUAGUACCUGACAGACAAGUGAAAGGUGAACCUGUGUGCGUAAAAGGGGGGGCUUGCUCCCUCCUUUUUAACAUUCUAAAACAAGGCUGUGGCUUGACACUCACAGUUGCUUUGGAUCAUAUAUACUCGCACCACAAAAUGUGUUCUGAUCCGAUAGGAUCCAAUGAAUCCUAGUCUUUAUCUCACUUUUUAUCUUCAUCUUCAACCGUUUUCUCUUUGAGCUACUCUACCUUUCCAUGUCAAUUUGCAGCUGUUGUGUUCUAUGCAUCCCCACCCCAGAGGGGAAUCAUCCCCACAGAGAGAUAUGGUGGCUGGGUGAGGGGGUGGUUUUGGAUGGGGCAGGGUAGGGCAUGGCUCAUGAGGGAGGGGGGUUAGAAUGUUGUACAUACGGGAUGGGUAGAAUGACGUGAGAGUGACUGAGUAACUGAAAUAGGCUUUAGUUCAUCCGUCUGGUCCAUCUACAGAGACUAUGUAUGCUGUUGUGCUGUUCUCUCAAUGUACAAGUUGUUUUAAGGCAAUAUGCAUAGGUUUACAUGAUUUUGUGGUUUUUGGUACUCUAUGGUGUUGGUGACAGUGUCUUUAAGAUGUUUUAUUUAUUUAUUUACUGUGUAAUAAUAUUACUGCUAUAAUGGUUUGAUAAAACAGCUCAAAUCACUUAAAAUAAAUAUAUUUUUUGAUUGCAUCUGCUCGAGCCUUGCGUGGUUUGUGUUUUGGAGUGACUUUCCUUUUCUGCAUGAUUGAUAGUGUAAUAUUGGGAGUGUGUAUGUUUACAACAACAACAUACUGUACACAAAUAUAAACAAGAUUUCCAUAUAGACACACCCUCUAUUUGUGGUCCCCAAGCCCCAUAUCUCCAUCGCCCUCCACCUCUGUCGCUGUCUCUCUCUCUCUCUCUGGCUGUCUGGAGUUGGGAGAUCUGUAUCUGUAUCUCUCUCUCUCUCUCUGUCUGAAGUUGGGAGAUCUGUAUCUCUGUUUGUUAUAAAGUUGUUUGUCCAGGUCCUUUGAUCUCUAUCAGGUUGAGAGAAGCCAGGGCAGACGGCUCUGUAAGUUUUAAAAAUGCUGGCGAGCAAAAAGAGUUUGGGGUAAGAGACUCAAAAUACUUCCCAGUUUCUUGUUUGCUGCUGGGAAAUGUAAAUGCAGUGUUCCAUCGAGAGAGUCAAAAUAACCAUUGCUUUGCUGUUUCUAUGAGGUUGAUAUCUUACGGGUUUGUCUACUUCCUUUCCUCUCUCUGUCUCUCAGGUGUGGUAUCUGUGGGUUUUGAAGAGGAUGAGGAGGGCAACCUGUGUCUCAUAGCGUACCCCCUGCACAGUGACUCUGGGGUGGGGGACCUGGAGAAUAUAGAUCUGUCGGUCAACGGCGAGCCAUACAGCAAGAUGCUGCAGUGGGGCAACAAGCAGCUGUCUGCCCGGAGUCUACUGGACUCACACGAAGACGAGGACAAGAGGUGAGACGGGACAGAGACGGAUUGAAACACUGUUACGGAGACUUACUGUGACACUGAUAAAGAGACAUGCAGUGCACCAGAGUUGGUGAUCGUUAUGGUGAACACACGCAAUCACUGGCACAUAACUGACAGACACACACAAACACAGAAAGCACUCUGAAAUACACACUCUGAAAUACACACUCUGAAAUACACACUCUGAAAUACACACUCUGAAAUACAAGCAGGCAGGACCCAUCUGGUGUGAGUAGAUGAUGGUGUGGCCAGGCUGGGGUUAGUUAAAGCCAGAGGUUUAUGGAACCACUACAGAGCCGUGAUCUCCAGGCCAGGAGGGGCAGUGCAAGGGAAAGGGUAAAGGGUAGAGAAGAGACAGGACAGUCGAAGGUGAUGCAAUCUGACCAAGCUCACACUUAUAAUAUGCUGAUCUUUGUCAUGUACCUUCCAUACAACAUUACCUGACACCUAGGUUGAGACACAUUGUAUCAAAGGUUCUAGAACGUAAACUUAAUGGUACAAUAGGGGACUCCCUCCCUGCUCUCCACCCCUCCUGACUCCCCUCUCUCCCCCAGUCAUAAGCAUGAGGAGGAGGAGCUGGAGUGGCUGCAGCAGCAGGAGGUGCCUCUGGAAGGCUGCAACGCCAUCCAACACAACCCCUGGAGACUCCAACUCCAACAGGAACACCUGCAGAGGAUGAAGGAGAACGCCAAGCACCGCAACCAGUACAGUAUCCUUUCAUUACCACAACCACUCUAAACAUCAGGCAAUCCAUCACCUGCCUGCAGGGUUUGUCCAUGUACCUGAUCUUAUUACUGUAUACUACUGCUUAUUUCUUCACUCUGCAGAAUUUUGUGCCCAAAGUAGCCUCACAAUCUUACAGAUAAUCGACUUGUGACAUCUUUGUGUUUGUAAGUGAAGUAGAUUGAUGUGACGAAAGGCUAGAGAUGGAAUGGUGUCAUGUCCGUCUGAUGAAUUAGUGUCCGCUGAGUGGGAGUCAGGUCUUCCUACUACAUUAAUGGAGAGCUGUCUCCAACCAGGUCCAUUAGAACAUGUGAUUUUCCUGUAGUCAAAGGUUCCUUGACUCAGGACCCCUUCCCAGAAUUCAUCCUGCUGGAGAACCUGACGUGGCGUCACACGGUUCCAUGCGUGCUGGACCUGAAGAUGGGCACGCGGCAGCACGGUGACAACGUGUCCGAGGAGAAGAAGGUCAUGCAAAUCCGCAAGUGCCAGCAAAGCACCUCUGCCUCCAUCGGAGUACGCCUCUGUGGCAUGCAGGUGGGCACAAUGUUAACUUGUGAGUUAUUGAUGGGGAUGGGGCAGAAUUGAAGAGCCUGAAAUGAUCUAGUGGGGGGGCAUAGCUUAGUUCUUGUUCAGAAUGAAAAGGAAGAAAUGUGUUUCUGAACCCCUCCAUCUCCUACCUCUCUCUCAGGUGUACCAGUCAGACUCGGGUCAGCUCAUGUUCAUGGAUAAGUACAUUGGGCGUAAACUGACCCUGUCAGGCUUUAAGGAAGCCUUGUUCCAGUUCUUCCAUGACGGGCGGCAUCUGCGGCGUGAGCUGCUCUCCCCGGUGCUGCGGAGGCUCAGGGAGAUGCAGGCGGCCCUAGAGAGCUGUGAGUCCUACCGCUUCUAUUCCUCCUCCCUAUUGAUCAUCUAUGAUGGCGAGCCGCCCUGCACACACACACACACACACAGGGCCCCUGAGGACGGUCUGUCUGAGGAGGAGGAAGUAGAAGAGGAAGAUGAUGAAGAGGCAGGUGCGUUUGGGUUUACCCGCAGUAGUAGUGGUAGCACUGGUGGUGGGCACCUGGCAGCCCGAUCUGAUACAAGCCUUGACCCGGCAGUGGACGUGAGGAUGAUUGACUUUGCUCACACCACCUGCCCCGACUUUGUGGAGGACAGUGUGGUGCACGAGGGCCAGGACAGUGGCUACAUCUUUGGUCUGCAGAACCUCAUCACCAUCAUCUCCAAGCUUGAGGACCACAGCACAGACUAA